GGCCCGAGGCUCAACGAACCCGCAAUCUCUCGGGUUUCGGAGUCGCAGGCCAACGUCUCCCGGCUCGUCUCGUCACUGCCGCAGCGACGAGCAAAGCAUUUUCUUCCCUCGGCCUUUCGCGACAACCAUGGCUUCUCGACCUUCCAAAGUUCUGCACAGUUUCGGGUACGACUUGCUACUCGGAUCAAUCGCUGCGUUUUACGUGUUCAUGGUGCCUUAUACUAAGGUUGAAGAAAGCUUUAACGUUCAGGCAAUGCAUGACAUUCUUUACCAUCGGCAUCACCUGGACAAGUAUGAUCACCUGGAGUACCCUGGAGUUGUUCCCCGCACUUUCCUCGGUGCAUUCUUGGUAUCAGCUUUGGCAACACCAGUUGUAUUGAUAAUGAGCUUGCUGCACUUGCCAAAGAUUUAUAGUCUUUAUGCAGUUCGAUUGGUGUUUGGUGGCAUCAUACUGUUGACACUAAGGUUUUGCAGAAUUCAGGUUAGACAUAAAUUUGGACGUCAAGUAGAAGCUCUCUUUGUAAUCUUGAGUGCGAUUCAGUUUCACUUGCUAUUCUAUUGCACCCGUCCUCUCCCUAACAUCCUAGCACUUGGUCUAGUUAAUAUUGCGUAUGCUUAUUGGAUUAGAGGCAGCUUUUAUGCAACGUUGAACUGUCUGGUUUUUGCGACCCUGGUCUUUCGAUGUGAUAUUCUGCUACUUUUGUGUCCUAUAGGCCUCGAACUUCUUUUGACCAGAUCAAUUUCAUUACUUAAAGCUUGUAAAUGGUGCAUUCCAAUGGCUCUUCUGUGCGUAGGUAUUACAACAUUUGUGGAUUCAUUCAUGUGGAGGAAACUCAUGUGGCCUGAAUUUGAAGUUUUUUGGUUUAACUCAGUUCUCAACCGAAGCUCUGAAUGGGGUACAUACCCAUUUCAUUGGUACUUCACUUCAGCACUACCCCGCGCACUGCUUGCUGCAUAUCCUCUUUCUCUGCUUGGUGUCUUUCUUGAUAGGAGAAUGCUAUUUUAUGUCAUCCCUGUGUAUUCUUUUGUCCUGCUCUACUCUAAGCUUCCACACAAGGAGCUCCGCUUUAUAAUUGCUUCUGUUCCAAUUUUCAACUUAUCGGCUGCAGUUGCAGCAAGCAGGAUCUAUAACAACAGGAAGAAACGUCUAUGGAAUUUGCUCUAUUUCAUCAUGGUGGGAUCAAUCGUUGUCAGUCUAGGGUGCACGGUUAUCACUUUCUUGGCAUCAUAUGAGAACUAUCCCAGUGGCUACGCUUUAAAAUACUUACAUACAAGCAGCCAGGCCAUGGAAAAUAUCAAAGAGCAGUGGAUUCACAUAGACUCUUUUUCAGCCAUGAGUGGAAUAUCCCGUUUCUGUGAAGAUGACUUUCCAUGGAGGUACUCUAAAGAAGAAAGGAUUCCCUUGCAAGACUACCAGUUCAGAAAUUUCACAUAUCUCAUCAGUGAGCAUACUACAGUAGAUGGAUUCAAGUGUUUAUUCUUCGUAAAAGGCUUCUCAAGAGUUCGUCUUCAAAUUGCUUUUCCUCCAAUUAUGCUGGUCACGGAACCCAAAGUAUUUGUCCAUGGAAAUUUGCAAUACUGGGAUCAAAUAGAUAAAAGGUGGCCUGGAUGUUUGUGAUAUUCUGUUCUUCUAUCUCCCAGCAGGUUGUAUUCCUUGAAGCCUGGCUUGAUUUCCAGGACAUGCUCUACUUGAGAAGGGCUAAUUUCUUGCUCGAGAUGGAAAUCUUUCUUUGAGUAAAUGCAUGAAAAGAAGUCUUAAGCAUGGGAACAACUUUAGUCAAAAGAAUGCACAGCAGCAUCUGGUUUGUUCGAAGAUAUGCAUUGUUUCAAACAUGUACUGUGGUCCUAUGGGGGUUAGUGAUUUUGCUUCUACUGCUGCGGAACUUUUCUAAUUAUGACUACCUGAGGAAACGGAGUACAAUGCGUGG